CCACGGAAGUGUCAGAAAGUAAUCAAGUGUAGUAACAUCAUCCCGCCACAAGGUGUCAGUAAGAGUCGACAUCAAAUGGGCAGAACAGCUUGUGUUCAUAUUCAGCCUCCAUUGGAGAAAAGAUAUGUUUAUUUUCAAAAUGUUCAAAGUGUCAACAGAUGUCCAAUAAUAAAAUAUAUAAUUCAUGUGUUGUACUUGUCAUAGAACACCAUGUGAGUCUUGACUGUGAUAUCUAGCAGUGUUUGAUGUUGACUUUAAGACCCCACUGAAGACUGAAUGAGCUCAAAUAUUCACAGUGCAAGAUUGUUGAACAUGAAACUAAAUAAUAAAAAGUCAUCUUGUUGUUGUGUUCUUCUUUCAGUGAUUCACACGCUGCAGUAUUUCCACACUGCGUCCUCUCAAGUUCCAAACUUCCCAGAGUUUGUGAGUGUUGGUUAUGUUGAUGGAGUUGAGAUUAGUUACUAUGACAGCAACAUCAGGAAAACAGAAUCCAAACAGGACUGGAUGAACAAAAUCACAGCAGAGGAUCCAAAAUACUGGCAGAGAGAAACAGAGAUCAAUGUUGGUAAUGAGUUUAAUGCCAAACACAACCUUGAAGUUCGUAAGAAGCGUUUCAACCAAACUGGAGGUGUUCACAUUGUCCAGUGGAUGUCAGGAUGUGAAUGGAAUGAUGAGACUGAUGAGGUUAAAGGUUGGCAUCAGGAAGGUUAUGAUGGAGAAGAUUUCAUAUCGUUGGACAUGAAGACAUGGACAUAUACUGCAGCAAAACCACAAGCUUUCCCUGACAAACUCAAGAGGGACCAGAACAUAUUUAUACUAGACGACCAGAAGUAUUAUUACACUGAGGAAUGUCCUUCUUACUUGAAGAAGUAUGUGAAGAAUGGGAAGAAGGUCCUAAUGAGAACAGAGCUUCCAGAGGUGUUCCUCCUCCAGAAGACGCCAUCCUCUCCAGUCACCUGCAUGGCGACAGGUUUCUACCCCGACUUAGCCGACCUGUUUUGGAGGAAAGACGGCGAGCAGAUCUUCGAGGACGUGGAGCACGGAGAGCUGCUCCCCAACCACGACGGAACCUUCCAGAUGUCGGUGGAGCUGAAAGUGGAGGUGACGGCCGAGGUGGAGGGCAAGUACGAAUGUGUGUUCCAGCUGUCUGGCGUCAAGGAGGACCUGGUCACCAAGCUGGAGAGAAGAAGCAUCCUGAGCAACGCAAGCCCUCAAGAAGGUGGCGGCUGA